AUGAAAGAACCUGGACACAAAGCUGCAAACAAGCAUAAACAAGAUAUAUUACAUGCAUACGUUGUACCUGCUUUUUUUGGUUACUCAAUUUUAAUCAUGUAUAAUCUGAAUUCGGGUACUAUAGAUACCAGUUCGAGAAUUCAAGGACCCUGA